CGUUUUUACAGUAGUCUAUUUGACCAUAAUGCUGAUGAUAUAUUCGAUGGUAUCCGCUUAGCGCUAAGCGCUUUAUAGCACACAUAUGGACUUCAGUGUCUGGACUUGAUAUGUCAGGUAGCUACUCCUCGGACAAGGUGAAUCGAAGUAGGAAGUCCUCAAGAGGUAUACGAAAAAUGUCAUGAAGCGAGUUUUAUCGCCUUAUGGGUUUCCUCGUUUUUUACCCACGAAAUUGUAAACUGUUAAGUGCAGUUAUCCUCUCCCCGAACAGCUUCUUUCCACGCUGCCAGGUGAGACACAUGACAGCCGCGCGGACAACAAACCUUUCAUAGGUGAGCGCAGGAUUUGGGGCUUGUCGGUGGAGAUCUAGCUUAUCAGUGGACAUUGUAUCUCUGUAUCUCAGCCCAAUUCCCCCCAUUUAUGCACCAUCUACUUGACACAUUCAACAGUAUCUCUUCACAAGUUUGGACCGCAUCGUGACUCUUUGGCCUCGCGGAGCUCCGGUGUCGAUUUGCCGGUUGUUCUGCUUCCGCUAUUGGAAGAAUGCAUGUCGGGCGGUCUCGGGGAUUUAAAUAAGAAGCUCGCGUCUCAGGGCUUAAAGCGUACACCCUUUCGUCUUCUACUCUCGUUUAACCUCCUUGAGGGGAAUUUCUCCUGCUGGAAAUUUCUGCUGCGUCAACAGCCCCUACCUUACUGCACUGGACCGAAGAAUGUUUUUUUAUAAGACUCCUUUAUAAUAAAAUUUCCCGUGCCUGCCUACAACCCUUUUGUGUAACACUUCUCUCAACUUAAUAAAGUGUAGUAUGUGGCGAUAAUUGCCGGGUAAGAAUGAGCCAAUGGGUUUAUGUGGACUAUUGUGUGGGUUAUGUUAGUGUCUUUCUCCGCACGGUGUCCACUUAAGCUGGCCAGUUCCGUUUUCCUCCAUUUUGUCGCUCGGGGUUGUAUAAAGGGAAGCAUGCCACUUGUUCAGCACUUGUUUAAUUUCAGCCGCGACGUCAGUAACAGUCGCACGCGUUAGCGACCCUCUUCCAGAAACGUUGCUGGUCUAGCUACCAUACCGCAGACGGUUUAGUGCGUUUCGAAGUAGUGCAAUGAUGAUCUAUAUUAUGGGCGUGUCUGAUGCUGCUCGAGUAUUUCGAGUACACUUUUAAAACGAUGAAAUUGUAGAAAAAUUGUGAUGACCAAAAGCGCAAGUGGUGUAUUGUUCUGUCAUCUAGUGUUUGAUCUGCGGUAGCAGGUUUUCUCUUGUUUUUGUCUGAUGGUUUCUGAUGCCUUUGACGUUCUAUUGGGACACUUAGUGCUAAUAACGUCCCAAUAUCUCCCGAUAUCAAACUUCUUCAAGACUCACGCUGUGUGGCAUCCCUGACUAGCUACAGGUGCAACUUAAUGGACAAACUAUCCAGAAGAAACAGUCACUCAGUGAACCAAUGAACAACCGUAAAGAAGACAUGGAAAUUGCAUCACACUACCGGCAGCUCCUGCGUGAGCUUAAUGAGCAGCGGCAGCAUGGCAUCUUGUGUGAUGCAUGUGUCGUUGUGGAAGGUAAGAUCUUCAAGGCACACAAGAACGUACUGCUAGGCAGCAGCCGCUACUUCAAGACACUCUACUGCCAGGUGAAGAAGGGAACAGAGCAACAGGCUACCAUCACACACCUUGACAUUGUGACAGCACAAGGAUUCAAGACUAUUCUGGACUUUAUGUAUUCUGCACACCUGGCACUCACCAGUAAGAAUGUUAUUGAGGUGAUGUCUGCUGCCAGCUACCUGCAGAUGACCGAGAUUGUACAGGCAUGCCAUGGCUUCAUCAGGGCAGCGCUAGACAUUAGUAUUCGUUCUGAGCUGGCUGACAUGGAGCUGGCCAAUAUUGAGAUUAGUGGCAUUGUUGGCACGGGAACGGGUACUGCUGGAGGAGCCUCUGAAGCAUUGGUUUCCAUGAUCUCAGCUCGCAGCUCAUCGCCAUGGCUGGUACGACGUACCAGUCCUGCCAACUCAUCAGGAGACUCAGCAAUUGCCAGCUGCCAUGAAAGUGGCAGCACCUACAGCAAGGAUGAGCAUGAGCCUAAGAGCCAUGAGGACCCUUGGCCAAAUGACUAUCGCUCACUUCAAGUCAAAGAGGAGCAGAGAUCACCAUCCGGUUCUCAGCAUAGGACCAGCCAGGAGUCACAGGGAACACCCACAGAACAGAGCAAUAGAGGUGAAGCGGGCUGGCAAACACCUGGUUCCAGACGUAGGAAGAACCGAAAAAACAAGGAUACAGUCAGGCACAUCAUGCAACAGAAUGAAGGGAGUAGUAGUGGAGGUUCUCCAAUGCCUUCCAUGAUUUCCACAGCCAGCUGGAGCUACAACACUCAGGCUGACAUUCCAGGAGCAGAUGAGGCAGAGCCCAGUUCAGAUACCCGAGACCAAAGGAUGGACUUUUUUAUGAAGCAGGAGGAAUCUGGUGAGCCGGGCUUCCACGGGUCCUCAUUGGCCAAUGACAGGGAAGAGGUUGUAGGCGGAAGUCAGGAGCAAGGUGGCUCUGUGGCCAACUUGCGGGCAGCGCUAAUGAGCAAGAACAGCCUGCUGUCUCUUGGGGCAGAGAUGUUUAGUGAAGAAAAUACCCUGCUGUUUGACUACUUGCCCAAAGGAGGACACUCUCUAUCCCGCUCUCACUGCUCCAGUGGUGGCCAUUGCAAACGCAGGGCAUCUUCGUUCUCUUCUCCACCCACUCUCCCUCCUCUUCUUCCUCUGUGGCCCCCAGGGGCCUUCAGCCUGCCUCUGGCCUGGGGCUCUUCAGAAAAUCAAGAUGUGGAGCAGUACACAGGGCCUUCACCCUCUGAGGAAGAAGUGCAAGAGGAUGAAGAUAGUAUAAGUAACACUGCAGGCAGUAGCCAGGCUCCUAUAGAGGUGGAUCAGAUGGCAAAGAUGCAGCAUGGUGUGUGUGUGGCACAAGAGCUCGCCUGCUCCCUGUGCAAGCAACUGUUUAGCAGCCUGCUCCAGCUGAGGCAGCAUGAGUACCGCCAUACCUUCUCAUUAAUGCAGCUCUCUAUGGACUGCUUUGAGCCACGGCACCCCCCGAGUGCCCGCUACCAUUGCUCACGCUGCCCAGCCAGCUUCACGCUCAAGUCCAAUGCCGACCGCCAUGAGAAAACAAUUCACUUCAAGUGCAAGCUCCUACAGUGUACCAACUGCCUCAAGCAUUUUCGUGACCGCACCGAUCUCAAUCGUCACCUGGCAUCUGUUCACUCAGAAGAGCGAGGCUAUGAAUGUCCGUCCUGCUCCCGUGCCUUUGCAACACAGAAGAGCCUGAUUACGCAUGUCAGGCUCUGCUUACAGGUUGAUGCCCCUUCUUCCAAGCCACAUUCCACCCCACAUAACAGAGACUGACCCUGCCUGUUUUCAGUUGCUAAAUGAUCAUUUUAUCCUGCAAGCUCUAUUGAAGACAGCAAAGCAUCAGCAUCAUCAUCAUCAUCUACUCAGGGGUCCUUUUUCCAAGAGCAGUGAGAUUUGUACAAGCUCUGUACCAAAUGUAUACCAUACUUGUACAAACGUAACAUUUUUGUACAAAUGUUAAUUUGUGAAUUAAAGCCUAUAUUUUAUAUUUUCAAGUCUUUUUUAUAUGGUUACUGUACAUGCACUAAGUGUAUAAGGAUAACUUACUAUGCAAAAACAAAGAUGUAAUAAAUACCUUAUUUUGUGGCCAUAUACAGUGUAUGGGUUUGGGCAAUUAAACUGUGAACACAGUAUUCUUACUGUAGUAAUGAGUGCAAGUGCUCUUGUUUGGCUUUGUUCUCAAACUUUUAAACUUUUAAUGUUUCUGCCUUGGUAGUUCUACCUCUUAAGGAUUCUCACACCUGGUGCACUGCUCAAAAAAAUUAAAGGAACACUUUUUAACCAUAGUAUAGCAUCAAGUCAAUUAAAAGAGCUAUGUGUGUAUAUAUAUAUAUACCAUUAUUGCAACCCUCUACUAUUGAAAUGAUACAAAUGCCCAAAGACAGGUUGUUUUGGGAACUAGUCCUACAAUUUUUGACCCAUCUUCAGAAGGUUGGUGUCAAAUGGCCCAAGAGAGUUGCUUCCUCUUUACUGCUCAAAAACGUUAAAAUAUAAGACCAAUAUGGCCACCAGUUGCCAAUUUAAUUCUAAUCAGGUGGAGUCUAAUUCACUAAAACAGCUGCAAUUUAUGAUUCUAUUUGUGCACUAGAUCUAAAAUAAAGUAAUUUGUAAACUAACUUGAAUGGUAGGUUCCUCUAACAACCCAGAAUAAAAUUUCCAUCAUUACUCAAGUUGGCCAUUUGAGGGCACUAUUCACUUUUUCCAGUUAUAAAUAUAUUUUAAACAAAAUCAUAUUUCAUGUAAAAUAAGGGGACAGGGAAUUUUCUUUUUCCUUCUGAUUCAAACAAUAUAUUUUUUUUUUGUUUCAUUUGCAAACCCAUCUCAAACUAUAUUUGCCAGAAUUGGUGCGUCAUAUUGCUCAGUAGAGUUGUUUUUUAAAUAAUUAAUACAAAUCUGUGGACAUUUGUAAAGAAUGUGGCCUCCAACUACCAAUCAGUCAUUCCAAAGCAAGGUUUAAUUUAUUUGAACAGGCUAGGAACCAUGUGUGAAACCAAAGGCACAGUUUGACAAUUCCCCAUCAAUCCCUUAGUGACACUUGGGGUUAAAUAUGUAGUGCAAGCUCUCUGUACUUUCUUCAGGAAAUGCACUUUUUAUUAUGAGCUAUUUAUAAUUCAAUUUACACAUCUAAACUUUCUGGCUCAGACAUAUCAUCUUAUUUGGCUGGGGUCUUGCUACCUUCUGUUUCAGAGCUGGACCAUGAAUUUUUAAUGCCCUUGUCAUACUGAGGUAUGGUUAUUAAAUCAGUGUCUUUUGGUAAAUCACCAGGCCAAGAUGGAUGUCCUUUAGCAGCACUCAAUAAAGUGUUUUGGCCUGAACUAAGUCUCAUACUCAUUCUUGCUAUCAAUAAUACUGGUUAAUUAAACCAGACCAGACUUAAUUUGUUACAUUGAAAUAUGGAUCAAAAUAUUGUGCUGAAUAUUAUAUUAUAGAUUACCUAAAAUGGACUUAAGUGUUAGUAGUUAUCAAUAGACACUGAAAAGGCAUUUGGGUGGAGUGUAGAUUUUUAUUUGCUGUUCUAGAAAACAUCAAUCUGGGCCCUAAUUACAUCAAUCAAUUACAUUCUAAUCCUCUGGCUUCCAUUAGUACAGUAUUUCUAGUUAGCAGGGGUUCUGUCGCAUCUAUUGUCUAUCUAGCAACAGAACUGCUGGCUCAAUCCAUCUAUCUAUCUAUCUAUCUAUCUAUCUAUCUAUCUAUCUAUCUAUCUAUCUAUCUAUCUAUCUAUCUAUCUAUCUAUCUAUCUAUCUAUCUAUCUAUACACACACAGUUGUGCUCAAAAGUUUGCAUAUGUUGGGAGAAUUUGCAAGAUAUGUUUUAUAAAAGAAAACAUGAGUGAGAAGGCAAAACAAAUUUAUUUUAUUUUUUAUAGUACUUAGGUUCAUAUGUAAGGCAUAACAGAAUGGCACAAUCAUCAAACAAAACAUGACAAUAAAGAAAAUGAGGAAAUAAUCCCUGUUCAAAAGUUUGCAUACCUUUACUUCUUAAUAUCGUGUAUUGCCCUCUUUAGCAUAAAUCAUGGUAUGCAGUCUUUUGUAAUAAUUGUGCAUGAGGCCUUUAAUUCUUUCGGCAAAAUACCUCCAGUUCCUGUAAAUUUUUUGGUUGUCUUGUACAAACUGCACAUUUGAGAUCUCCCCCAACUUUACAGCAACUUUUUUACUGUAGCCAUUGGAAGGUGAAAUUGGCCUUUGCUUUGGAUUAUUGUCAUUUUUGAACAUCUAAGAGCAUCCCAUGCACAGCUUUCAUGCUGUAGAAUGCAAAUUGUCCGCCAGUAUUUUCUGAUAACAUGCUGUAUUCAUCUUGCCAUCAAUUUUGACUUCCCUGUGCCACUGGAGCUCACACUGCCCCAACACAUCCACCACCAUGCUUUACAGUGGGGAUGGUGUAUUUUUCACUGCAGGCCUUGUUGACUCCUCUCCAAACAUAGGGUUUAUGGUUGUGACUAUAAAGUUCAAUUUUGGUCUCAUUACUCUAAAUGGCAAGCUGUGAGGCUUGUCUAGGUGCAGUCUGGUGUACUGAAACUGGCCCUUUUUGUGGCAUGGAUGCAAUAGCAGUCAUUUGUGUAUAUAGUCAAUAUUUAUUUGUGUUCAAGUACUUCCUUAUUGUGCUCCUUGAAACAAUAAUGUUUUUUUCCAGAGCAGCCUGUAUUUCUUUCUAAGUUGUUUGUGGGUUUCUUUCAGUGUAUAAAACUUCUGAGCACAACUGUAUACUGUAUGUUUAUAUAUACCAAAUAUG